AUUUCCUCCUCUGAGCCGGACAGGAGGUAGACAAAGCGGCGGCCGUCGGCUUCGCGCCUCUGGACUCCUGCUAUCGUCCCGUUCGACGCAGAAAUGACUGCUGUUCACACAGGCAACAUAAACUUCAAAUGGGACCCCAAAAGUCUAGAGAUCAGGACUUUGGCAGUUGAAAGACUAUUGGAGCCUCUUGUUACACAGGUUACAACCCUGGUAAACACCAACAGUAAGGGACCCUCUAAUAAAAAGAGAGGUCGUUCUAAGAAGGCCCACGUUUUGGCUGCAUCUGUUGAACAAGCAACUGAGAAUUUCUUGGAGAAGGGGGAUAAAAUUGCAAAGGAGAGUCAGUUUCUCAAGGAGGAGCUUGUGGCUGCUGUAGAAGAUGUUCGAAAGCAAGGAGAUUUGAUGAAGAGUGCUGCAGGAGAGUUUGCAGAUGAUCCCUGCUCUUCUGUGAAGCGAGGCAAUAUGGUUCGGGCAGCUCGAGCUUUGCUCUCUGCUGUUACCCGGCUGCUGAUUUUGGCUGAUAUGGCAGAUGUCUACAAACUACUUGUUCAGCUGAAAGUUGUAGAAGAUGGUAUCUUGAAACUGAGGAAUGCUGGCAAUGAACAAGACUUAGGAAUACAGUAUAAAGCCCUGAAACCUGAAGUAGAUAAGCUGAACAUUAUGGCAGCUAAAAGACAACAGGAACUGAAAGAUGUGGGCCAUCGUGAUCAGAUGGCCGCAGCUAGAGGAAUCCUGCAGAAAAAUGUUCCGAUCCUCUAUACUGCAUCCCAGGCAUGCCUACAACAUCCGGAUGUCGCAGCCUAUAAGGCCAACCGGGAUUUGAUAUACAAGCAGCUUCAACAGGCAGUCACAGGCAUCUCCAAUGCAGCCCAAUCUACUGCAUCAGAUGAUGCCUCCCAGCAUCAGGGUGGAGGAGGAGGAGAAUUGGCAUAUGCUCUCAAUAACUUUGAUAAACAAAUCAUAGUGGACCCCUUGAGCUUCAGUGAAGAGCGCUUUAGGCCUUCCUUGGAGGAGCGCCUGGAAAGCAUCAUUAGUGGAGCUGCCCUGAUGGCUGACUCGUCCUGCACACGUGAUGACCGUCGUGAGCGGAUCGUGGCAGAGUGCAAUGCUGUCCGCCAGGCCCUGCAGGACCUGCUCUCAGAGUACAUGGGCAAUGCUGGACGUAAAGAAAGAAGUGAUGCACUCAAUUCUGCAAUCGAUAAAAUGACCAAGAAGACCAGGGACUUGCGUAGACAGCUCCGCAAAGCUGUCAUGGACCACGUUUCAGAUUCUUUCCUGGAAACCAACGUUCCACUUUUAGUAUUGAUUGAAGCUGCAAAGAAUGGAAAUGAGAAAGAAGUUAAGGAGUAUGCCCAAGUUUUUCGUGAACAUGCCAACAAAUUGAUUGAGGUUGCCAACUUGGCCUGUUCCAUCUCAAACAAUGAAGAAGGAGUAAAGCUUGUUCGAAUGUCUGCAAGCCAGUUAGAAGCCCUCUGUCCUCAGGUUAUUAAUGCUGCAUUGGCUUUAGCAGCAAAACCACAGAGUAAACUGGCCCAAGAGAACAUGGAUCUUUUUAAAGAACAGUGGGAAAAACAAGUCCGUGUUCUCACAGAUGCUGUUGAUGACAUUACUUCCAUUGAUGACUUCUUGGCUGUUUCAGAGAAUCACAUUUUGGAAGAUGUGAACAAAUGUGUCAUUGCUCUCCAAGAGAAAGAUGUGGAUGGUCUGGACCGCACAGCUGGUGCAAUUCGAGGUCGGGCAGCCCGGGUCAUUCAUGUAGUCACCUCAGAGAUGGACAACUAUGAGCCAGGAGUCUACACAGAGAAAGUUCUGGAAGCCACCAAGCUGCUCUCCAACACAGUCAUGCCUCGUUUCACAGAGCAAGUGGAAGCAGCUGUAGAAGCCCUCAGCUCAGACCCUGCUCAGCCCAUGGAUGAGAAUGAGUUUAUCGAUGCCUCUCGCCUGGUUUAUGAUGGUAUCCGGGAUAUCAGGAAAGCAGUACUGAUGAUAAGGACCCCUGAGGAGUUGGAUGACUCUGACUUUGAGACAGAAGAUUUUGAUGUCAGAAGCAGGACGAGCGUCCAGACAGAAGAUGACCAGCUGAUAGCUGGCCAAAGUGCACGGGCAAUCAUGGCUCAGCUUCCCCAGGAGCAAAAAGCAAAGAUUGCGGAACAGGUGGCCAGUUUCCAGGAAGAAAAAAGCAAGCUGGAUGCAGAAGUGUCUAAAUGGGAUGACAGUGGCAACGACAUCAUCGUGCUGGCCAAGCAGAUGUGUAUGAUUAUGAUGGAGAUGACUGACUUUACCCGAGGUAAAGGACCACUCAAAAAUACAUCAGAUGUGAUUAGUGCUGCCAAGAAAAUUGCUGAGGCAGGAUCCAGGAUGGAUAAACUUGGCCGAACCAUCGCAGAUCACUGUCCAGACUCAGCCUGCAAGCAGGACCUGCUGGCCUACCUGCAACGCAUUGCCCUCUACUGCCACCAGCUCAACAUUUGCAGCAAAGUCAAGGCUGAGGUCCAGAACCUUGGUGGAGAGCUUGUUGUCUCUGGGGUGGACAGUGCCAUGUCCCUGAUCCAGGCAGCCAAGAACUUGAUGAAUGCUGUGGUGCAGACAGUGAAGGCAUCCUAUGUAGCCUCUACCAAAUACCAAAAGUCCCAGGGCAUGGCUUCCCUCAACCUUCCUGCUGUGUCCUGGAAGAUGAAGGCACCUGAGAAGAAGCCCUUGGUGAAGAGAGAGAAGCAGGAUGAGACACAGACCAAGAUUAAGCGGGCAUCUCAGAAGAAGCAUGUGAACCCUGUGCAGGCCCUCAGUGAGUUCAAAGCCAUGGACAGCAUCUAAUUCUGCCUUAACCACCUGCCCCCACCCGCAGGGGCUCUUAAAGAUCAAUCACUGUUCUUCACUCAAGUAUACUUGCUAAGUAGAGAACACUUACAUAGGAAGAUUUUGAAACCAGCCAGGUGGUGAAUUUUGCCAGGAUAUGUUUAAAUUGGUCAAAAAAUGCUUUUAGAUUCAGGAGCAUAUUUCUAGCUGUAUUUUUAUAAGCUUAAAUAAAAAUUCCAUAACCAAAGCAAAUCCCACAUUAACUUGUUAGUAACAUUCAGAUUGGAAUACCCAUUCUCUCAGCAAAGAGAGUGGACUCAACUGUGGAGGAGGAAUGUCCCAGAAAGGUCUUGCAAGGGAUAAAAACAUAUCAUGAAAAACAAAACACACCAAAAAACUCGAUUAUUUUUUAUGAAAUAAGAAUUAUAAUGCAUGGCUACAAUUACUAAUGCACUCUGCUGCAGAACAUUAAUAAUAAUGUUGCUUUUUUCAGGCUGGGAUGUUGGGAUGCCGUAAUUUGAACAUGCUUUUUUCUCCCCAACUGCAUAGGCAAAGUCAUCAUUGGGCUCACUUCUAAUAAUUGCAGUGUUUCCUGCCUUAGGCUUGCAAUAGAAGCCUGACAGAAUGAAUAUGUUUGCUUAGGCCAUAAUUUAGAUUUUACCUUAUUUGUGAUUACUACAUUGAUUACUAUAGCUACAAGGUAUACUUUUACUGUCUUAUUUAAAUUUUAUUAAUUUGAAUGUUUUUUACACUAGCUUUUCCCAAUAAAGUCCACUAUGAAACCAAAUA